AUGUUGUUGCAAGAUCAGCGCUCUCUGAGCAUCGCCCUCGUCGGGGCCGUCGUUGCAUGGCUUCUAAAACGUUAUCUCAGUGGGCGAGGAAAGGGUCCUCUUCCACCAGGACCCAAGCCAGCACCUGUGAUUGGCAACAUUCAUCAGCUUCCGAAGAGUCUUCAGUGGCUUCACUUGUACCACUGGAGCAAGGAGUAUGGCCCAAUCAUGCACCUCAGCAUGGGCGGACAGCCGCUGAUUAUCCUGUCCACGCAUCAGGCUGCCCAUGAUCUUCUCAACAGACGGAGUGGGCAGUACUCGCACCGGCCACGCAUGGUCAUGGCUGGUGAGCUCGUCACCAAGAACAUGCACAUGCUUCUUCGUCCCUACGAUGAGAGGUACAAGCUACAUCAGCGCAUGGAGGCUCCUCUCCUUACUUUGCGCUCUGCAAGCACCUACCGUCCUCUUCAGGACAUUGAGUCGAGGCAGCUGCUGUUUGACGUUCUAGGCGAGUCAAAUCAGGCCGGCGACAAGGGUGUCGACUUCCACCAUCAUCACGAGCGCGCGAUGGCUAGUUUCAUCUACUGUAUGAACUACGGCUACCGUCUCAAGACCGGCUACGAGCAAGAACUCAUGGACGGAAAGAAGGUGCAAGCCGAGUUUGCCAGAACCGGUCAAGUUGGCGCGUACAUUGUCGACUCAUUCCCCUCCCUCAACUAUCUCCCCAAGUUCCUCGCACCCUGGAAGAAGGAAGCCGAGGAACUCUACGAGCUAGAGCGACAGCUCCACGUCGGAAACCUCAAGAAGGGCUUGGACAACCGUGGAUGGAACUUUAGCAAGUAUAUGGAGGCUUCUCCCGAGGCCACCGACAUGCCUACCGAGGAGCUUGCCUUUGAUCUAGGAAUUCUAGCUGAUGCUGGUUUGGACACUUCGACUGUGGCUUUGGACUGGUUUAUUGUCGCUUGGAUUACUUGUGGUGAACGAUGGGUUGGCAAGGCGCAGAAGCUUCUUGAUGAGGUUGUUGGCCGAGACCGCAUGCCCACGUUUGAGGAUCGCCCGAAGCUGGCCUACAUUGAUGCCAUCGCAAGUGAAACCCUGCGAUGGCGUCCCGUCGUGGUUGGCGGCGUCCCUCACUUCACCAAGAAAGAAGACACCUACAUGGGCUACUACAUCCCCGCCAACUCGAUCGUACUCGGCAAUGCCUACGCCAUCACCCGCGACGAAUCCGUCUUUGGAGACAAUGUCGACGCCUUCCUGCCCGAGCGAUGGCUCGCCGACGACGCCGACACAAAAGAACCCAACAUCGAUGCCUGCGGCUUCAACACAACCGCCCUUAAGGACCUCCCCCAUACAGGUUUCGGCUUCGGUCGGAGAGUAUGCACCGGUAGAAUCAUUGCGCGCAAUCAGCUGUUUAUCCAGAUGGCACGCAUGCUUUGGGCAUUCAACGUCGAAGCGGGUAUCAACGAGGCGACUGGCGAGAAGCACAAGGUGGAUGAUAUGGAUUGCACCGAAGGUUUCGUGACACUUCCUAAACCCUUCAAGGCUGUGUACCAUCCUCGAGGCCAGUGGGUGCGAGAUGCGAUUGCAGAGUCGGGUACUACUCAUGAUUUGGAUCACGCUGCGAUUCUCGAUGCAGCAAAGAAGGAACGAGCCAAGGCUUAG